AUGUCACCGAGGCCCCCGCCGCGGCAGGUGCCGCCGCCGCAGCCCGGAUGUAGCAGCUCCGGCGUUCGCCUGCUCGCCCUCCGCCGAUCUGCGCCGGCCGCCGCGCCGCCGCCCCGCCCCGCUCCCGUCCCGCCGCGCUCCCCGGCCUGCGUGGUCCCCGCACCAGCGCGGCCCCGUCCCGCCGGCAGCGCGGGCACCGGGAGCGGCAGCAGGCACCGGCCCGGGCACCCCGGGGCAGCCGGGCAGCCCCGCCCCGCCCGCUGCCGCGCGGGCAGCGCCUGCGCCCCGGCUGCCCGCGGCGAGCAGGGCCCGGCAGCCUCGGCCGCCCGGCCGUGGGGGCCGCCCGGCGAUGGGGGCCGCCCGCCUGCCGUCCCUCGCACAGAAUGGGUCAGGUUGGACGGGACCUCACUGGGUCAUCUGGUCCAACCUCCCUGCCCAAACAGGGUCAUCGUAGAGCACAUGGCACAAGAUUGCAUCUCGACGGUUCUGGAAUAUCUCCAGUGA